CAUUCGUUUUGCAUGCAAUUAUUAGCCCUGGGGAUUGUUAAAUAUUAAGAUAAAAACAUAAAAAAAGUUUGAUGCACAAUUAUAUAUCAGUUUCAAUAUAAUUUGCUUGGUUUGGUUUUUUUCACUUUUAUUUAUUAUUUUUAACGGACGCUAAAUUUUCAAUAACAUUGUGAUUGGUCGACUAUUUUUAAUUAAUCAAAAUACAGUUGCCCUGUAAAUUUGCAUACCCAGGUUAUUAAAUUUUUAAUUAAUUUAUUUACAAUAAUUGAAAGGAGGAAAGUUGAAUGGAAAUACGGUGUUUCGAGAAAACGUUAGGUAAGGGUCGCAGGAAUGGAGAAGACAGGCGCCGGCAAUGUCACACAUUUCACAACUUGCGGUUCGCAGAAACUAGUUGGAUCAAUCAAAUACGAAUAAACAAACAUUUGCCUCGUAAUGAGCGGCGUUUUGCAAAAACCGCAGCACCAAUCGACAACAUAUGGGCAAUUUUUUACAAAAUACCACUCCAUAUAAAUUUAAUUACCGACAUCAUCAGUUAAUAAACAAGUUUGCAUGCAAUACGAUUUGCACGUGUUGAAAAAAAAUAAUAAUUAAAAAAAAAUUCAAAGCUCUGUAAGAAUAAAGUCUAGACCGGGAGAGUUCAAUUCAAAUCUAUAAACACAACUGACGGUUACGCGCGCUCUCGACACCGCUGAGAUGAACUUGCCCUACUGAACUAUAAAGGUAAAUAAGGCAAUUGCACUCUCUCUGACGUAUUAGAGUGGCUUGGUGCACGUAUAUAAAUAAAAAGCGGCGCGAGAGAAAGUGAAUUUUGUCAAAUGAGUUUCGCCUGCAAAUAUCAUACGUGAGGAUCGGACAAGGUCGCGGUUGACAGACGAAUUAAUUAAAAACUAAUGAGAGCGUUCUCGCUAGCGGCGCGACAAAGAACCAGAUGAGGCGGUGCCGGCAAACAGGAAGCUUUUUACUAAUCACUCCACUUUAUUUAUAAAUAUAAAACCCACAUGGAGACUUGAAUGACAGGAUCUGCUCAUCACAUUAUUUAUUUCCAUCUCUCGUUUCAAGACUUUCCCUGGCGGAGCAAUAGUAUUUGCUUCACUAUAAAAGAAAUUUAAAUGUUUCAGUCUCAAUCAAUCAAGAAAGAGAGGCGUGUGGUCAGUACAUCACCAGUGCAAAUCAGACCGACCUUUUUGGUAGCAGCCCGUUUAUCCAAACCUCAUUUAAAAUGAUCCGCGCAAGAGCUCUGAUGGUGCUGGUCGCUCUGUUGGUGUGUGGAGUGCUCGUGGCCGAGGGCAACCCGCUGGCCGUGUGCAUCCGCAACUGCGCCCAGUGCAAGAAGAUGUUCGGCGAUUACUUCGAGGGCCAAAUGUGCGCCGACUGGUGCGUCAAGUUCAAGGGCAAGUUGAUACCCGACUGCGAGGACAUCGAUACCAUCGCCCAAUUCCUCAACAAACUUGAAUAGUAUUUGGUCAACGCCAGAAUUAUCCUCUGAUCUCGACGCUGGUGGUUUCAAACGCCGCAUUUUGCUGUUAUUUUCUCCUAGUCAGCCGAUUGCACUACUUGUGUUUUCUGUGAUAUUUCAUUGUUUCGCGUUGUGCGAAUGAUUUUUGUUUAUGUAGUGGAAUAGAUAGAAGAAAAAGCACAGCAAUUAUUCUUUUCU